AUGCAAGAUCUUGAAGAUGAAAACAAUCUUGAAGACGAAGACAAUCUUGAAGACGAAGACAAUCUUGAAGAUGUAAACAUCCUUGAAGACGAAGACUGCUUUAAGGAUGAAGACUACCUUGAAGAAGAAGACAAUCUUGAAGAUGAAGUCUAUCUUGGCUAUGAAGACUUCCUUGAAGACGAAGACUAUAAGGAUGAAGACAAUGUUGAAGAUGAAGUCUAUCUUGGCUAUGAAGACUUCCUUGAAGACGAAAACUAUCUUAGGGAUGAAGACAAUCUUGAAGACGAAGUCUAUCUUGGAUAUGAAGACUUCCUUGAAGAUGAUCCUAAGGAUGAAGACAAUCUUGAAGACGAAGACAAUCUUGAAGAUGAAGUCUAUCUUGGAUAUGAGGACUUCCUUGAAGACGAAGACUAUCUUAAGGAUGGAGACAAUCUUGAAGACGAAGUCUAUCUUGGAUACGAAGACUUCCUUGAAGACGAAGACUAUCUUAAGGAUGGAGACAAUCUUGAAGAUGAAGACUGCUUUAAUGGAGCAACUAUUGAUGCAACAAUCUAA